UGUCCCUGUCAGCCGGGUGGCUCAUGGCUGGGGUGUCCCUCUCACCUAGAUAGGCUCAUAGCUGGGGUGUCCCUGUCACCCGGGGAGGGACACGCCCAGGGCCCAGCUCCAAGGGCAGCCCCGUGCAGGCGGGUGACCCCAAGUCUUGUGGCACGGCCGCGUGAUGCCAUGAAAUCACCCACCCAGGGCAUGAAAUCGCCCUUCCCGGGCACGCCAGGCUGCUGAGGAUGGGACUGGGGGGGGACACAUCCCCCUGCCAGUCCCCUCCCACCCUCGGGCACAUAAACCCGGCGGCAGCGCCGCUCCCGCCCGGCUCCAGCACCCACCAUGGGCCACCUGCAGCUCUGGCUGCCCGUCCUGGCCGGGCUCGCGGGGAUCAUGGCCCAGGAAGGUAGGGGGGACACCGAGGUGGGGAAACAGGAGCCAGCACAGGGCGGGGCAGGUCCAGAGGGGACGCGGCAGCAGCUCUGGCAUCACUCUCGGUCAGCGGGGCUGGAAGAUGCUGGAGCAGGGAGUCACCCCGGGGGCACAGUAAGAGAGGGCUGUGCGACACCCCAACCUGUCACCACGUCCCCUCUGUUGUCCCCAGACCUGUACCGAAAGGUGUUCGUGUUCCGGAAGGAUCCCAGCGACGCCUACGUGGUGCUGCGGGCACGGCUGGAGCAGCCCCUGCACAACUUCACCGUGUGCCUGCGCUCCUACACCGACCUCAGCCGGCCCCACAGCCUCUUCUCGUACGCCACCAAAGCCCACGACAACGAGAUCCUGCUCUUCAAGCCCAAACCCGAGGAAUACCGGUUUUACGUGGGCGACAAGUUCGUCACCUUCCGUGUCCCCGAUAGCCGCAGGGACUGGGAGCACGUCUGUGCCAGCUGGGAAUCCGCCACCGGCAUCGCUGAGUUCUGGCUCAACGGGAAGCCCUGGCCGAGGAAGGGGCUGCAGAGGGGCUACACGGUAGGAGCCACGGCUGCCAUCCUGCUGGGACAGGAGCAGGACAGCUUUGGGGGCGGCUUCGACCUCUACAACUCCUUCUCGGGGGAGCUGACCGAUGUCUACCUGUGGGACACGGGGCUGUCCCCGGAGAAGAUGCGCGCAGCCUUCCUGUCCCUGCGCCUGCCGCCCGCCCUGCUGGCCUGGAGCAGCCUCAGCUACGAGGUGAAGGGAGAUGUGGUGGUGAAACCCCGGCUCCGGGAGGCGCUGGUGGUCUGAGGGCGGUGGGGUCUGGGGCAGG